UUCUGUCUCAUUAAACACUCACAACUCGAGCAGUCAAGUCAAGUUAUUUUGCGAAGUUCAUUGAAAGCUUUUGAUCGUGGAAAAUUGUGAGGCGAUGUAAAAAGUGAAAACUGAAUUUUCUGUACCAAAGAAAACAAGAAUUAAUUAAAUGAAUUAAAGAGAAUUAACAAUUAAAAUCGAAGAAAAAAGAAAAACUGUUGAGGAAAUUUCCCGAGAGAACAAAAAAAAAUUAAAGAAAUUUUCAAGAACUACACGUGAUUAUAAAAAGCAGGUGACAAAAUGCUCGGAGGCUCAAGUAAAGACGAUAAGCUGGAAAAACGAAACCAAGUUGAUACUGCAUCGAUUCGAGAAAAAGUUAAAUUAGCUCGUUCAGAAAAAUGGAGAAUCUUGAAAAAUAUUGUGACGGUGUCAUUUGCAUUCAUGGUGCAAUUUACUGCAUUUCAAGGAACAGCAAAUCUUCAGUCAUCAAUCAACGCUAAAGAUUCGUUGGGAACAAUUUCACUGAGUGCAAUUUAUGGCGCACUUGUUGUGUCUUGCAUCUUCUUACCAACAUUGAUCAUUAGAAAGUUGACAGUGAAGUGGGCACUCUUCUUCAGUAUGAUGUGUUAUGCUCCUUAUAUCGCUGCACAGUUUCAUCCACGAUUUUAUACGCUUAUUCCGGCUGGAAUUUUGGUUGGUCUCGGAGCAGCACCAAUGUGGGCUGCAAAAGCGACUUAUUUAACGCAACUUGGACAAGUUUAUGCGAAACUUGCUGAUCAGCCCGUGGAAGCAAUGAUCGUGAGAUUCUUUGGAUUCUUCUUUCUUGCAUGGCAGAGUGCUGAACUUUGGGGUAAUUUGAUCUCAAGUUUGGUGCUCUCAUCUGGUCAUCAUGGUGUAACAAGUGGUCACUUUGGAAAUUACUCUGAUGAGUCACUUGAACUUUGUGGGGCAAAUUUUUGUGUUGUUGACACAAGUGACAAUGAAAAUUUGCAGCGACCACCAGAUUGGGAAAUUUUUGAAAUUUCAGCGAUAUAUUUGACUUGCAUUGUUGUAGCUGUCAUUAUCAUAGCUUUGUUCAUGGAUCCAUUGUCGCGAUAUGGUGAGAGAAGACGUGGAUCAAUAACAGCUCAGCAAUUAUCUGGAGUUGAACUUCUUACUGCCACUUUCAAACAAUUAAAGAAACCAAAUCAGCAGCUUUUGAUUCCAUUAACUAUUUUCAUUGGUAUGCAACAAGCUUUCAUUGGUGCUGACUUUACACAGGCUUAUGUUUCGUGUGCUUUGGGAAUUCAUCAAAUUGGAUAUGUCAUGAUAUGCUUUGGUGUCGUUAAUGCAUUUUGUUCGGUUAUUUUUGGUUCGCUUAUGAAAUAUGUCGGUCGAUUUGCAAUUAUCAUGUUUGGAACUGUCGUUCACAUGUCAAUCUUCACUUACUUGCUAAUCUGGAGACCACAUCCAGAUCAUUUUUACAACUUUUUCAUCAUUUCGGGGUUGUGGGGAGUCGGCGAUGCUGUUUGGCAAACUCAGAUUAAUGGAUUAUAUGGAACACUCUUCAGACGAAACAAAGAAGCUGCUUUUUCCAAUUACCGACUUUGGGAGUCUCUUGGAUUCGUUAUUGCUUACGCAUACUCAACAGCUCUUUGUGCUAGAAUGAAACUUUAUUCGGUGAUGAUUGUGCUUGGUUUUGGAGCUUUCUGUUAUAUUUUAGUCGAGAUUAGACAUUUGAGAAAGGAACGAAGACAAAGAGAACUCGAAAAAAAACUCGAUGAGGAACCAAAAGAACUUCCAAGUCGAAUCGAUGAUGAAACUGACGACGAGCAUGAUGAAUUGGAUGAAGACAUUGUCGUUACUAAAUUGUAAUUAAUUAGCUAUAAAAACACAAACAUUAUUUCAUAAACUUUAAAAUUGAAAAGAAAAACUCUUAAAAGAACAAAAUUUGUUUGAAAGGAUAACAGAUGAAUAAAAAUUUAACUUUGCACUUUAA